UUGAGAAGUUCCCGGGCGGCGGGCGGAGCGGUGUGGAGAGAAAAGAGGGACAUCUUGACAAACUCAUAAAAACAAGAUGUCGGGGCGCUCUGUCCGAGCGGAGACCAGGAGCCGAGCCAAAGAUGAUAUCAAAAAAGUGAUGGCGGCCAUCGAAAGAGUCCGCAGAUGGGAGAAGAAAUGGGUCACUGUAGGGGACACAUCCUUAAGGAUCUUCAAGUGGGUCCCUGUAACAGAGACCAAACAGAUAUUUAAGACAAAAGGCUCCGCUGGGGCAGUGAGGGAACUGAAGGGAUUUCCUACAGACGUGGUGCUGGAGAACGCUCGCUCAGUCUUACUGGAUUUCCAGGACGACAACAGUAACCAGAGCUUCUUGUCGGAUGCCUAUCAGUCCAAUAACAAAGUGGACAGCAGCAGUAACUCUAGUCCGCAGCACGCCAGCAGUGCCGUCAGCCCCUCUCACACCCCCUACUUCCGCACAGAGGACUCCCAGCCACCCACUCUGGGACAGGAGACCAUGGAGGAGCCGUCAAUGACCAGCAGUGAAGUUACAGAUGAGCCACCGACUUUGAUAAAAGAGGAUUUACUGCCUCUUUCUGCUCAGGAGGAUGAGGAAGUGGCGGUCGCUCCACCGUUGAAAAGAGUUUGCACAGAUGAAAAGUCCGGUCUAAGUUAGUGGCACUGUGAUAAGUACAGGUCACCUGGGCCUGCUGAACUGAAAAGGGCAGCCCUGUUGUCCACUUGGACUAGUAUCAUCUCAUACAGAUGGUAUUCUGUAAAAUUUGCAGUUGACAGAAAAACAACAACUUCACAACUUCAGAAGACUGCAAGGCACAAGCUGUGAAAUGCUUGGGAAGCUGUUUUGAUAUCCAAAAGAUUUGAUAUUUCUCCCACUAAAUAUUGUAAUUACUUGAAGAAAAAGCCAUUAGUAUUACGUUUUGUAAAUACAGUUCAAAUGAAACUGAGAGGGAACCUAAAUGCAAUACGAUGCAUUAUGGUUUAACAUGCGUAUGUUUUGAGUCCUUUUGAAAAUCUGCUUGUUUAUUUCAGCUUUUAUAAUUCAGUGUUUCUGCAAAAUAUCUUCUUUCAAUGUCUUUGCUUUAUGGAGUUGUUUUACUGCAUGCUGCGUGGGACAGUUUCUUACGCCCCAGUCAGGAAUGGUUGAAACUGCAUGUAAGUGUAUUAAAGGUUGAGUUGAGCUAAACAGUCAGUGAAGAUGUGAACUCACUGUAGUUCACACAACAAGUUUCAUACAUACUGAGAACAUAACGACAGUCAAUUAACACUAUCGAUGUUUUUUGCAGUUGCAGCAGUUCCUGACUGGGGCUUUAUUUAUACAUGUAAAGCAAAUCAAGUUUGUGAACUGCAGACCUGCACAUCAAGUAUGAAGGUUUUUACAUUUCAUAUGCCUUGAUUUUUCCUUUUUACUGUAAAUAUGAUGGUAUUUACGUUACCUUUGUAAGAAUAUUUUGCCAUAGAAAAAAAUAAAAAAUCCAUGCUUUCA